GGAGGUGUAGUUUGACGCGGUGUGUUACGUGGGGGAGAGAAUAAAACUGCGGCGAGAUCCUAGGCGCGAACGAAAGCAGUGACGGAGCAGCCUGGUAACCGGUAACUAAAUGACCAUGGAAUCUGGAGCAGAGAACCAGCAGAGUGGAGAUGCAGCCGUUACAGAGGCAGAAACCCAACAGAUGACAGUACAGGCACAACCACAGAUUGCAACGUUAGCCCAGGUAUCUAUGCCAGCAGCUCACGCAACGUCUUCUGCGCCCACGGUGACCUUAGUUCAGCUGCCCAAUGGGCAGACAGUUCAAGUGCACGGAGUAAUUCAGGCUGCCCAGCCGUCAGUUAUUCAGUCUCCACAGGUCCAGACAGUUCAGAUCUCCACUAUAGCAGAAAGUGAAGAUUCACAGGAAUCAGUAGACAGUGUCACAGACUCACAGAAACGAAGAGAAAUUCUUUCCAGACGACCCUCCUACAGAAAAAUUUUGAAUGACUUGUCCUCAGACGCCCCAGGAGUGCCAAGGAUCGAAGAAGAAAAGUCUGAAGAGGAAACAGCAGCACCUGCCAUCGCCACUGUUACGGUGCCAACUCCCAUUUACCAAACCAGCAGUGGGCAGUACAUUGCUAUUACCCAAGGAGGAGCAAUACAGUUGUCUAACAAUGGCACAGAUGGAGUACAAGGUCUCCAGACGUUGACUAUGACCAAUGCAGCUGCAACUCAACCUGGCACCACCAUUUUACAAUAUGCACAGACCACAGAUGGACAACAGAUACUUGUACCCAGCAACCAAGUUGUUGUACAAGCUGCCUCAGGAGAUGUGCAGACCUACCAGAUUCGCACCGCCCCUACCAGCACCAUUGCACCAGGCGUAGUCAUGGCAUCCUCUCCAGCACUUCCAACCCAGCCAGCAGAAGAGGCCGCACGGAAGAGGGAAGUACGUCUAAUGAAGAACAGAGAGGCAGCACGUGAAUGUCGCAGGAAGAAAAAGGAGUAUGUGAAAUGUCUAGAAAAUCGAGUGGCUGUGCUUGAAAACCAAAACAAGACACUGAUUGAGGAGUUGAAAGCACUUAAGGACCUUUACUGCCACAAAUCAGAUUAAUUUUGGAUUCCCAUUUUCACUUGUCCAGGUGGGAUAGAGACUGGUUCUGGCUGUACCCAGAAAGACAAAGUAAACUUUUUAUUUUCUAAACAUUUCUUUUUUUCUAUGCGCAAAACUGCCUGAAGCAACUACAGAAUAUACUUCAUCUGUGCUUUGCAUCAAACUGUGAAUGUUCAAGUACUUGCCUCCACUUCUCCCCCUACAAGAUUAUUUUCAUCAUCAGUCUCAGUGUGAAGAAGAACAGGCUUCUUUCUCGUCUCCCCAUCCUCUUCAAGGAGUAACAGUGGUCACUUGGGAAGUUACUGUGGGGAGGGUCCUUUUGUAAUGAUUUCAAGAAUUUGUGCUGAGCUCUUUCCAUUGCCUUAGAGACGGAACCACCCCAGCCUCUUGGUCCAGAGAACUGUGGGCCACAUACGUGGAGCAUGCAUGGUGCAAUGAAGAAGCAAUGGUUGCCAAAUUGGUUUCACAUAUUCAUUAUGAACUAUAAAGAUACACGGCUAAGCGGCAUGCCAAAUGAAAAGCGCUUCACA